UUGGACUUCUUCGUUCUGGCGGAGACAGAUAUCUGGAGACGCUUCCUUUUGAAUGUGUCCUCGUUUGAUUCGUUUUGCAUGACGGCUCUUGAAUGUACACUGUCGUACAACCAACACGUUCCCGCAUGUUCUAAAAGUUUCCUGGUUUCUUAGAACAUAGUGGGGAAAAGUUGAGAGGAUAGGUGUGUGGUUCAGUGACAGCUCGAGAAACGUGGAGAGGUUGAUAAUAAGACAGAGGCGAAGUAAGCGCUCAUUGAUCGGUGAGGAUCUGCCGCUGUCGGACAUACGUUGUGAUGGAUCUUACACCGGCGACGAUGUCGUGUGGAGGGUACGUCUGUAUGUACUAGACGCAUCCAUGCAUCCAGGACACUGAGGAUGAUAGUAUAUAACCAAGGAGUCACAUUAAGAUGGAUGGUACUGUAUCAACGAUGUCAGUGAGUGGCGAGACAAUCACACCCGUCGGCGCUCUAGCACUACACAAGAUGGACAACUCUGUGAACGACACGUACACAACGUUAAGCCCUACGGACAUCAACACCACAAUGGUGUACACUAGCUUGAAGCAAAAUCCACGAUUUUUCAAUGGAGUUGUUGUAAGUCUGUUUAUGACGAUUGGGAUUCUCGGAAAUACCCUUGUGUUCUGUAUUCAACACUUUAAGUGUAAACCAACCACGUUCUCGUUCUUUGUGAAGGUUCUGGCAGUUCUGGAUCUGAUGAGCUGCGUUGUGACGAUGCCGAUCGACGUUGUGGUUAAAACGGUUCCUAACCUUUCAUCAAUCGACAUGUUCACGGCGUGCAAAACCGCCCAUUACUUUGCAUACGCCACAAGCGUGUCCUCCGGAACAGUCCUGCUUCUGAUAGCUGUUGAACGAUACAGGAAGAUAUGCCAACCUCUUGGUCGAGCAAUAGAGCCCCGUUUAGCAAGAAUCCUGUGUGCAAUAGCCAUUACUGUGGCCCUUAGCGUUAGUUCCUUGACCACUAUGGUGACCGGGCCACAGACCAUUGAGCUCAACUGGAACAAUCGUCUCAUCAACCUGACCGUGUGCCGAGCGGAAGAGGAGCUGAAGGCCUCGCCUUCUGCCAUAGCUUUAAAUGUGUCUCUGUUUGCCGCCUUCGCUCUGAUACUUAUAUUCCUCAUCGUCUUCUACACCAUGAUCUGCAAGAAGCUUCGUGUUCAGACUGAGAAACGCCGCAGUUUUGACGACCGUAUUUUGGACGAACAGGGCGAGAAAAGGUCAUUCGCGCCGAGUGAACAUGUCACGAAAAUAUUUUUCAUUGUCACCAUGGUUUUCAUCGUCAGCUAUUUGCCGCACCUAAUUUUGUUAUUGAUACGGGCGAUCCAGACAAACAAACGUGUUUAUGAAUCAUGGGAAAGGAAAUUAUAUGAACUGGCGUACAACAGCCCUUACGUAAACAAUAUUGCAAACCCUAUUAUAUAUAGCUUUCUGUCAAGUCAUUUCCGACAGCAGUGUAAAGAAACCUUCGGGUUCCGACGUGUCACCUGCAAUAAUGCCAUGUGAUGUAAUGACUGGCAAGUCACCACCAUUUGUCUCUGUUCUUAAUCUGUUCGGUUGUUGGCAAUGGCGUGGCUGUCGCGAAUGGAUGGCCGUAUGUCAGGAACGCAAUAGUUUGUCAUACAUCACCCCAAUCGCAUCCUCGUAACCCAGGUGUAUAUAUCGCUCAACGUUUGGUUGGGGUAUUCCUACUAUGAAAUAGUUUAGAAUCCCUAUCGCAAGUGGGUAGUAUAUGAUGUGCUUGCGUUAAGAUUAUCGUAACCU